AUGAGAAAGGCUUAUUGGAUUACUUGCAAUGUUGAACCAAACAUACAGCAUUUGUCUCUUGACAGGAGAAGAUUCCCAAGUAAUUUUCUAGUGAGGCCUCGAGAUCUCAACAGAUUGCUUGCUAAUUUUCAGUCGUCCCUUCAAGAGAUCACCAUCAUAGCAACAGAACCAAAUUCCUUGCCUUCUGAUGUAGCAAGUGAAAUUGGAGGGAAAGCUGUUGAGCUUAGGAGUUAUAUAGACCCAACAAAAGACAAUGACUUGUCACUACACACUCAACUAUGGAUAGAUCCCAUGGAAGAGUUUCUUCAAUACACUCACACUGGAGACCCUGUAGACGUCACAUUUGGUGUGAAGGAAUUGAAG